GUCAAAGACCAGUCAGUUGACAGAGCCGCUGUUGGAGUGAGGUCAACGGAGUGAGGUCAACUAAGUGAGGUCAACAUUUCGUGUUAACUCUGUGAGAAAAACACUUAAAGGACAGCUUCAGACUCUCAGUUUUGGAGGUCCCUUGUGGCGUAUCGAAAGCAAGACACGACAGUCUGGACAAAAUCAUCUUGGAGUUGAGCAGCAGUACACAAGCGAAGAGAAACUCCAGGAGACAAGCUGGAAGGAGCGGAGCUGAGGAAGAAGGGCGAAAGCCCAGCAUUCAUCCUGAGACACAGAGUGUGCAACACCGACAGCACUAGCACUACAGACUCCAGAUCAGACAGCCAGGACACCAUGAGCCCUGGCAGCUCCGAGUCAGACUGUACACAGAACGGGACCGUGACCACUAGAAGAACAGUACGCCAUGAACCAGAGGAGAGGAAGGAGGAAGAGGAACCGAAGAACGCCGACGAAGGCUUUAUGGGGAUGACACCACUUCUGCAGGCCCACCAUGCAAUGGAGAAGAUGGAGGAGUUUGUCCAUAAGAUGUGGGAAGGACGGUGGCGUGUCAUCCCUCACGACGUACUUCCUGAUUGGCUAAAGGACAACGACUUUCUCCUGCACGGACACAGACCACCCAUGCCGUCCUUCAGAGCGUGCUUCAAGAGCAUCUUCAGAAUCCACACCGAGACGGGCAACAUCUGGACUCACCUUCUCGGUUGCCUGUUCUUCUUGUGUCUGGGGAUCGUGUACAUGUUCAGACCCAACAUGUCGUUCGUGGCACCGUUUCAGGAGAAGAUUGUGAUUGGCGCUUUCUUUCUCGGUGCCAUCCUCUGCCUGUCCUUCUCCUGGCUCUUCCACACAGUCUACUGCCAUUCAGAGGGAGUGUCUCGGAUGUUCUCAAAGUUGGACUACUCAGGUAUCGCGUUCCUGAUCAUGGGUAGUUUUGUGCCGUGGCUUUACUACUCCUUCUACUGCUCCCCUCAGCCCUGUGUCGUUUACCUGAUUGUGGUGUGUAUCCUGGGCCUCGCUGCCAUCACCGUCUCUCAGUGUGACUUCUUCGCAACGCCGCAGUACAGAGGAGUAAGAGCUGGUGUGUUUGUGGGCCUGGGCCUGAGUGGAGUUGUCCCCACGUUACACUUUGUAAUCUCAGAAGGCUUCCUCAGGGCCACCACUAUAGGUCAGAUGGGCUGGCUCUUCCUCAUGGCUGCCCUGUACAUCACUGGAGCCUGCCUUUACGCCGCACGCAUCCCGGAGAGAUUCUUCCCUGGCAAAUGUGACAUCUGGUUCCACUCGCACCAGCUGUUCCACAUCUUGGUGGUUGCCGGAGCGUUCGUACACUUCCAUGGCGUGUCCAACCUGCAGGAGUUCCGCUACACGGCGGGAGGUGGCUGUACCGCUGAUGGCCCUCUGUGAGACUGCGCUGGACCACCAGGGGGAGACAGAACUCUCCUUUUAUUACCACCACCGCCAGUAACAAAUCCGACUCCUCUGACACGUCUCGCUCCACUAACGAGGGCUGGACAAGAUCUUUUGUCCAUUUUUUCCCCCUAACUCCGUCUCUCCUCUUCUUCUGCCCUCUUUAAUAAAAAGAAAAAAAACAAAAAAAAACAAAGAAAAAAACCAAACCUGAUGCGAUUCAGUGGAGCUCGAGGGUGGAGUGAUUUUGAAACACUGUUUUACAGAGUUGUUUUUGAGAUCUGUAAACAUUUGACUUCAUGAUGUUUGGAUAUUGAUUGCGUAUUGACUCGGUUGGGGGAAAAAAAAACAAUUGUGACGUUUUGCCUUUAAAGGUGCAAAUGGUUUUAACUGUUAUAAACAUUAUUAAUGUAAAUAAGAUUUCUAAACCUGGGUUCUAUAGAUUUUUACAAAUGUCAAAUAAUAAUAAAAACAAAAAACAACAAAAAAAAAAAACACACGUUAUAGUAUUGUUAAAUCGUGGGGAAAGGAUGGAAACGAUGCGAAAUCAGUGCAUCGAUUAUGAUCUUUGAGUCAGCAAAUUAACUGUGCACUUCUGAACCAAAAAUAAUAUGGUGUUGAUGAGAAACGGGACUAAAGGACCUGAGAGAAAUCAUUCUUUAGGAUGAGCUGAACGAAGCAAUAUUCACUGCUUCACACACACAAGUGCACAGCUGAGGUUUUUUCCUCUGAGGCUGGAACAGUGUGUAUCUUGUGUGAAACGCUGAAUCAGAGUUUUUCUGGCAAAAGCCAUAAUCCUGACAGGCGCCAGGUCCGACAACUGGCCUUAAGACAUCGCUUUCAGGCUCCCUUUUUGCACACAAGGAAAAACAUCUGCUUCUCUAUUUGGAUUUCAGCACCUCGGAUCACGCGUUCAAGCGUCUUCGGGACGUGGAAGAAGGUUCUGGCGUGCGGAGAUCUUCGGCGUGUUUACACACACACACACGUUUAAUUUCGUUGCUAUGAUUUGCUGCUUUUUUGCUUCAGUUAUUUUUGCAUUCUCUUAAUUAUAUAUAUUUUUUUGCAUUACAAUACAGGAAAUUCUUUAUUAUAAUUAUUAUUUUUUUCUUCAAGCUGUUGGCUUGCCUUUUCCAGAGGGCUUAUAGGUCCACGAACACGUUAGAGAUCCACGAACGCAUCACACUGUGUUUCAUCUAUGUAAGAGUAUUGCUACAGUCUGGGUUGGACCGCUCGCGUCAACGAGACAAACCCACUUUGUAGGACGUUUUACAAGAUCAAGGGCCGUAACGGAGGCAUCGCACAGCCACCGUCUGUUUUGUAUAUUAAAAAAACAAACAAACAAACGCUGCCUUACACGUCAGCUUGUGUUAAAACUCGGGGAUCAUCGUCAGCAUCUUGGAACUUCAGUACAGGAGAAAGCUGUAAAGCGCACGCUCAUCCGUCUGUAAAAGACUGGGACAGUGUUAGCGGUGCAGACCGUCGAGCGCUUCUGGGCCCCGACUUCACCACCAACGCAAGGCCUUGAUUCAAUGCAUAAAUAUGUUUCAUUCAUUUUUAUUGAGGUUGAUUUGUUAUUCUUUUUAAUAUUAAUUUAUUAUCAAGGUGUGAGAGGUGCGUACUAUUUCUCUUCGAAGCACACGACGUUCCGAGUGUCUGCAGUAGAACGUUUCUAUCUGCUGUAUUGUUCUAAUAAAAUGUUUUGGAAUUCUGA